AUGGCUACCAAUGGCUACCAAUGGCUACCAUCCGAGGGGAGGAAGGUCAAAGAGCCUGGACUUUUCAGUGAAGAGCCGCACUCCAGCCUCUACUUUGUCAAUGCAUCUCUGCAAGAGGUAGUGUUUGCGAGUACGUCGGGGACGCUGGUGCCCUGCCCGGCUGCAGGUGUCCCUCCUGUGACUCUCAGAUGGUACCUGGCGACGGGCGAGGAAAUCUACGAUGUCCCCGGGAUCCGCCACGUCCACCCCAACGGCACUCUCCAGAUUUUCCCCUUCCCUCCUUCAAGCUUCAGUACCUUAAUCCAUGAUAAUACUUACUAUUGCACAGCUGAAAAUCCUUCAGGGAAAAUUAGAAGUCAGGAUGUCCACAUCAAGGCUGUUUUACGGGAGCCCUAUACAGUCCGUGUGGAGGACCAGAAAACCAUGAGAGGCAAUGUCGCAGUCUUCAAGUGCAUUAUCCCCUCCUCGGUGGAGGCGUACAUCACUGUCAUCUCGUGGGAGAAGGAUACUAUCUCUCUUGUCUCAGGACCUAGAUUUCUCAUCUCAUCCACGGGAGCCUUGUAUAUUAAAGAUGUACAGAAUGAAGACGGGUUGUACAACUACCGCUGCAUCACGCGGCACAGGUACACGAGCGAGACAAGACAGAGCAACAGCGCGAGACUGUUUGUGUCAGACCCAGCGAACUCAGCCCCGUCCAUACUGGAUGGGUUUGACCAUCGCAAAGCCAUGGCCGGGCAGCGAGUGGAGCUGCCUUGCAAAGCGCUUGGGCACCCCGAGCCAGACUACCGCUGGCUGAAAGACAACAUGCCCCUGGAACUUUCUGGGAGGUUCCAAAGGACAGUAACGGGGCUGCUCAUUGAGAACAGCCGCCCCUCAGACUCAGGCAGCUAUGUGUGCGAAGUGUCCAACCGAUACGGAACUGCCAAGGUGAUAGGCCGCCUGUACGUGAAACAACCACUGAAAGCCACCAUCAGUCCCAGGAAGGUUAAAAGCAGCGUGGGAAGUCAGGUCUCCUUGUCCUGCAGUGUGACAGGAAAUGAGGACCAGGAACUCUCCUGGUACCGAAACGGCGAAAUCCUCAACCCUGGGAAAAAUGUGAGGAUCACAGGGCUCAACCAUGAAAACCUUAUAAUGGAUCACAUGGUCAAGAGCGAUGGGGGUGCAUACCAGUGCUUUGUGCGCAAGGACAAGCUGUCUGCUCAGGACUAUGUGCAGGUGGUCCUCGAAGACGGAACUCCCAAAAUCAUUUCUGCCUUUAGUGAGAAAGUGGUGAGUCCCGCAGAGCCAGUGUCCCUCGUGUGCAACGUGAAGGGGACGCCCUUGCCCACCGUCACCUGGACCCUGGACGACGACCCCAUCCUCAAGGGCAGCGGCCACCGCAUCAGCCAGAUGAUCACGUCGGAGGGGAAUGUGGUCAGCUACCUGAACAUCUCUAGCUCUCAGGUCCGGGAUGGGGGUGUCUACCGCUGCACUGCCAACAACUCAGCGGGAGUCGUCCUGUACCAGGCUCGAAUAAACGUAAGAGGGCCUGCGAGCAUUAGACCGAUGAAAAACAUCACAGCCAUAGCAGGACGGGACACAUACAUUCACUGCCGUGUGAUUGGCUACCCAUAUUACUCCAUCAAAUGGUACAAGAACUCUAACUUGCUUCCUUUCAACCACCGCCAGGUGGCAUUUGAGAACAAUGGGACUCUAAAGCUCUCGGAUGUGCAGAAAGAAGUGGACGAGGGCGAGUACACAUGCAAUGUGCUGGUCCAACCCCAGCUCUCCACCAGCCAGAGUGUCCACGUGACGGUGAAAGUUCCACCUUUCAUCCAACCUUUCGAGUUCCCAAGAUUCUCCAUUGGGCAGCGGGUCUUUAUCCCAUGUGUGGUGGUCUCAGGGGACUUGCCUAUCACCAUCACCUGGCAGAAGGAUGGCCGACCGAUCCCCGCGAGCCUUGGGGUGACCAUCGACAACAUUGACUUCACCAGCUCCCUGAGGAUUUCCAACCUCUCCCUGAUGCACAAUGGGAAUUAUACGUGCAUAGCCCGGAAUGAGGCAGCAGCGGUGGAACACCAAAGCCAGCUGAUUGUCAGAGUUCCUCCAAAAUUUGUGGUUCAGCCUCAGGACCAGGAUGGGAUUUAUGGCAAGGCAGUGAUUCUAAACUGUUCGGCUGAGGGUUACCCUGUGCCCACUAUCGUGUGGAAGUUCUCAAAAGGUGCUGGGGUCCCCCAGUUCCAGCCAAUUGCCUUGAAUGGCCGAAUCCAGGUCCUCAGCAACGGGUCUCUGUUGAUCAAGCAUGUUGUAGAAGAAGACAGUGGCUACUACCUCUGCAAGGUCAGCAACGAUGUGGGCGCAGACGUCAGCAAGUCCAUGUACCUCACAGUGAAAAUUCCUGCCAUGAUAACGUCCUAUCCCAACACUACCCUGGCCACGCAGGGUCAAAAGAAGGAGAUGAGCUGCACAGCCCAUGGGGAGAAGCCCAUUAUUGUCCGCUGGGAGAAAGAGGAUAGGAUCAUCAACCCUGAAAUGGCCCGUUAUCUCGUGUCCACCAAGGAGGUGGGAGAGGAGGUGAUUUCUACUCUGCAGAUUUUGCCAACAGUGAGAGAAGAUUCUGGCUUCUUCUCCUGCCAUGCCAUCAACUCUUAUGGGGAGGACCGUGGAAUAAUUCAACUCACAGUGCAAGAGCCCCCAGACCCUCCCGAGAUCGAGAUCAAGGAUGUCAAAGCACGCACAAUCACUCUCAGGUGGACCAUGGGGUUUGACGGCAACAGCCCCAUCACUGGCUAUGAUAUUGAAUGCAAAAACAAAUCAGACUCCUGGGAUUCUGCUCAGAGAACCAAAGAUGUUUCCCCUCAGCUGAACUCGGCCACCAUCAUUGAUAUCCACCCUUCCUCCACCUACAGCAUCCGCAUGUAUGCCAAGAACCGGAUUGGCAAGAGCGAACCCAGCAACGAGCUCACCAUCACGGCGGAUGAGGCAGCUCCUGAUGGUCCACCUCAGGAAGUUCACCUGGAGCCUAUAUCAUCUCAAAGCAUCAGGGUCACCUGGAAGGCUCCCAAGAAACAUUUGCAAAAUGGGAUUAUACGUGGUUACCAAAUAGGUUACCGAGAGUACAGUACUGGGGGCAACUUCCAGUUCAACAUCAUCAGUAUUGACACCACGGGGGACAGUGAGGUGUAUACUCUGGACAACCUGAACAAGUUCACACAGUACGGCCUGGUGGUGCAGGCCUGCAACCGGGCCGGCACGGGACCUUCUUCUCAGGAAAUCAUCACCACCACCCUGGAGGACGUGCCCAGUUACCCUCCUGAAAAUGUCCAAGCCAUAGCAACAUCGCCAGAAAGUGUGUCAAUCUCUUGGUCCACGCUGUCCAAGGAAGCCUUGAAUGGGAUUCUCCAGGGGUUCAGGGUCAUCUACUGGGCCAACCUCAUGGAUGGAGAGCUGGGAGAGAUUAAGAACGUCACUACCACGCAGCCGUCCCUGGAGCUGGACGGGCUGGAGAAAUACACCAACUACAGUAUCCAGGUGCUGGCCUUCACCCGCGCAGGGGAUGGCGUUCGGAGCGAGCAGAUCUUUACCCGUACCAAGGAGGAUGUUCCAGGCCCUCCUGCCGGUGUCAAGGCAGCUGCAGCCUCGGCCUCCAUGGUCUUUGUGUCCUGGCUGCCCCCGCUCAAGCUGAACGGCAUCAUCAGGAAGUACACGGUGUUCUGCUCCCACCCCUACCCCACGGUCAUCAGCGAGUUCGAAGCCUCCCCUGACUCGUUCUCCUACAGAAUUCCUAACCUGAGUCGGAACCGUCAGUACAGCGUCUGGGUGGUGGCUGUGACUUCGGCUGGAAGAGGUAACAGUAGUGAGAUCAUCACGGUGGAGCCACUGGCUAAAGCUCCUGCACGAAUCCUAACCUUCAGCAGAACUGUGACAACUCCAUGGAUGAAGGACAUCGUCUUGCCUUGUAAAGCUGUUGGGGAUCCCUCGCCUGCAGUAAAGUGGAUGAAAGACAGUAACGGGACACCCAGCCUGGUGACGAUUGACGGACGUAGGAGCAUCUUCAGCAAUGGGAGCUUCAUUAUCCGCACGGUGAAGGCAGAGGACUCGGGCUAUUACAGCUGCAUCGCCAACAACAACUGGGGAUCAGAUGAGAUCAUUUUAAACUUACAAGUGCAAGUUCCACCAGAUCAGCCUCGGCUCACUGUCUCCAAAACCACGUCUUCCUCUAUCACCCUCUCCUGGCUCCCUGGAGAUAAUGGAGGGAGCUCCAUCAGAGGCUACAUCCUGCAGUAUUCCGAGGACAACAGCGAGCAGUGGGGCAGCUUCCCCAUCAGCCCGAGCGAGCGCUCCUACCGCUUGGAAAAUCUCAAGUGUGGGACGUGGUAUAAGUUCACUCUGACUGCUCAAAACGGAGUGGGACCUGGGCGCAUAAGUGAAAUCAUAGAAGCCAAAACGUUGGGGAAAGAGCCCCAGUUCUCCAAGGAGCAGGAGCUCUUCGCCAGCGUCAACACCACCCGCGUGAGGCUGAACCUCAUCGGCUGGAAUGAUGGAGGCUGCCCCAUCACCUCUUUCACACUGGAGUACAGGCCCUUUGGGACCACAGUCUGGACCACAGCUCAGCGGACCUCUCUCUCCAAGUCCUACAUCCUGUAUGACCUGCAGGAAGCCACUUGGUACGAGCUGCAGAUGCGGGUCUGCAACAGCGCAGGCUGUGCGGAGAAGCAAGCCAACUUCGCCACGUUGAACUACGACGGCAGUACAGUCCCUCCACUCAUUAAGUCAGUUGUCCAAAGCGAAGAAGGGCUGACGACCAACGAAGGGCUGAAGAUGCUCGUGACCAUCUCCUGCAUCCUGGUGGGGGUCCUGCUGCUAUUUGUGCUUCUGCUGGUGGUGAGGAGGAGGCGACGGGAGCAGAGGCUGAAGAGGCUGCGAGAUGCAAAGAGUCUAGCUGAAAUGCUUAUGAGUAAGAAUACAAGGACGUCGGAUACUUUAAGCAAGCAGCAGCAGACUCUGAGAAUGCACAUUGACAUCCCGAGGGCUCAGCUUUUGAUUGAAGAGAGAGACACGAUGGAGACAAUAGAUGACCGUUCCACAGUCCUGCUGACAGAUGCUGACUUCGGGGAGGCAGCUAAACAGAAAUCUCUGACGGUGACUCACACGGUGCAUUACCAGUCGGUGUCUCAGGCCACCGGGCCCCUGGUGGACGUGUCAGAUGCUCGGCCGGGAACCAACCCUACCACCAGAAGGAAUGUAAAGGCUGGGCCCACAGCAAGAAACCGGUAUGCCAGCCAGUGGACCCUCAACAGACCCCACCCAACCAUCUCAGCGCACACCCUCACCACGGACUGGAGACUGCCCACGCCCAGGGCUACGGGAUCCGUGGACAAGGAGAGUGACAGCUACAGUGUCAGCCCGUCACAAGACACAGACCGGGCAAGAAGCAGCAUGGUCUCCACAGAAAGUGCUUCCUCCACAUAUGAAGAACUGGCCAGAGCCUACGAGCACGCCAAGAUGGAAGAGCAGCUGAGACACGCCAAGUUCACCAUCACAGAGUGCUUCAUAUCCGACACGUCCUCCGAGCAGCUGACGGCAGGGACAAACGAGUACACAGACAGUCUGACCUCCAGCACCCCUUCAGAAUCGGGGAUCUGCAGAUUCACUGCGUCUCCCCCCAAACCUCAGGAUGGAGGACGAGUGAUGAACAUGGCAGUUCCAAAGGCACAUCGGCCAGUUCUGGAGACCAGAAGUUCAAAGUCAAGACACCAGCUGACAAAUGUUCCUCUGAGGGCUUUAGGCGACCUCAUACAUCUGCCACCAUACCUUCGAAUGGACUUCUUGUUAAACCGGGGGGCACCGGGCACCAGCAGGGACCUGAGUUUAGGACAAGCGUGCUUGGAACCCCAGAAAAGUCGGACCCUGAAGCGCCCCACGGUCCUUGAGCCCACCCCCAUGGAGGCCUCCUCCUCAACCUCUUCCACCAGAGAAGGACAACAGUUGUGGCAGCAAGGGGCCGUGGCCACAUUACCUCAGCGAGAGGGGGCAGAGCUGGGACAGGCGGCUAAAAUGAGCAGCUCCCAAGAAUCACUGCUCGACUCUCGGGGCCAUUUGAAAGGAAACAAUCCCUACGCAAAGUCUUACACCCUGGUAUAACAAACAGCAUGGCUGGACAGCGGUUGUAAAUACAAUUUAAACAAUCCAAUCAAAGCUACCUUUUUUUUACGGAAUUCCAAUAUUUAUAAUUAAAGAAAAUUGCCAAAAUAUAUUAAAAAAAAAAAAGAAAAUACUGAAAU